UAUGGGCAAGAUCGGAUAAUGAGAGAUGCAUAUUAUAUAAAAUAUCUUUCGUCUCUCCCGCCUUGCAUUUCUCUCUUUCUCAGGCUCUCUCAGCUUGUUGUUCCGCUUUUCACGGAUGGCCGGAGGAGUAGCGAUCCGACCUCUGUUAAACGCAGAAUUCCCUCGUCCACACUCGCCACUAUCUCAUAAACCCACCAAAUAUGUAACUCCUUUAUCUAUUCCUCGCAUCCCCAACACCAAUCUAACUUCGACGAUAACUUCAUUUUACUCUUCGGGCGGAGGUCCAACUUCUAUGUCUUUCCGUUUCUCGAAACGAUCAUUAUUCUCUACUGCCAGCGGAAGAAUGAAGGCCGCAGAAGAAGAUUCCACUUCGCUUAUUUCUGAAUUGACACCUGAAGAAACUUUCUCGUGGGCUUCUGUAAUUGUCCCCUUUGUCUUCCCUGCUUUAGGAGGGUUGUUGUUUGGAUAUGACAUAGGUGCCACCUCAGGUGCCACCAUCUCAUUACAGUCACCUGAACUUAGUGGCAUAACAUGGUUCAACCUGUCAGCCAUUGAGCUUGGUCUUGUGGUGAGUGGUUCUCUAUAUGGAGCUCUUUUAGGUUCUAUCCUGGUGUACCCAAUAGCAGAUUUCCUUGGGAGGAGACGGGAGCUCAUCAUAGCAUCUGUUUUAUAUGCACUUGGUAGUUUAGUCACAUUCUCUGCACCAAGCCUUGGGGUGCUAUUAGUUGGAAGGCUUCUGUAUGGGCUUGGUAUUGGUAUGGCCAUGCAUGGAGCUCCUCUGUAUAUUGCUGAAACUUGUCCAUCCCAGAUACGUGGAACUCUCAUAUCACUGAAAGAGCUCUUUAUAGUUCUUGGGAUUUUGCUGGGUUACUUUGUGGGAAGCUUUCAGAUUAAUGCAGUGGGAGGCUGGCGCUACAUGUUUGGGUUUGGAAUCCCAAUUGCGGUGAUUAUGGGCUUAGGUAUGUGGAGUCUUCCUCCGUCUCCACGCUGGUUGCUUCUCCGAGCGGUGCAAGGUAAAGCUUCUUUAGAAGAAUUCAAAGAGAAGGCUAUCGCUGCUUUGGGCAAAUUGAGAGGGCGUCCUGCUGGAGACUCAGUAUCCGAGAAACAAAUUGAAGAUACUCUUGUUUCUUUGAGGUCUGCUUAUAAGGAUGAAAAAUCUGAUGGAAGUUUCUUAGAAAUAUUCCAGGGACCAAGCCUAAAGGCAUUCAUAAUCGGUGGAGGUCUUGUCCUUUUUCAACAGAUAACCGGGCAACCAAGUGUCCUUUAUUAUGCUGGUCAAAUCCUUCAGACUGCAGGAUUCUCUGCUGCAGCUGAUGCUACUAGAGUUUCUGUUUUAAUUGGAGUGUUUAAGCUGUUAAUGACUGGUGUAGCUGUACUAAGGGUUGAUGAUCUUGGAAGGAGACCCUUAUUAAUUGGUGGCGUCAGUGGAAUUGCAAUCUCUCUGUUUCUCCUUUCAGCUUAUUAUAAAUUCCUGGGAGAUUUUCCAUUUGUUGCUGUAGGAGCUCUUCUACUAUAUGUUGGGUGUUAUCAGAUAUCUUUUGGACCAAUCAGUUGGCUUAUGGUAUCGGAGAUAUUCCCACUUCGUACAAGAGGGAAAGGGAUUAGCCUGGCGGUUCUGACCAACUUUGGCACAAAUGCCAUUGUGACAUUUGCUUUCUCGCCGCUGAAGGUGACAGUCUUAAUUUCUUGCUUAACAAGUAGUAGAAUCUGAAAAUGGUUGAUUCUGGUGUAACCAAUCUUAAAAUCACUCCCUUUGCCCCCAAAUUUACAGGAAUUGCUUGGGGCAGAAAAUCUUUUUCUCCUUUUUGGGAUAAUUGCGUUGGCAUCACUUGCAUUUGUGGUAGCAAUAGUCCCCGAGACCAAAGGACUCAGCUUGGAGGAUAUUGAAUCUAAAAUCUUGAAAUGAGAGCUGGGAAGUACAGAAAUCAUUGUUGCCGACGCUAUCAACUUGAUGCUUGUCGGUCUCCUUUGUGGUAGAUUUCAUCAGAAGAACACUUGUAUAUCAUUUUGUAUCAAGUCUAAAUUGUAUCAUUGUGUAGUGAAGCAUUUGUGUAUCCACUAAGGAGAAAAUCUUCAUCCAGGCUUUAUUAGUUGAUGAUUGUGCCAUGUUUAUAUGAUCAAAGAAAGGUAUGACUAACA